AUGGGAGAUACGCGAGCGCCGCAGUUCCAGGGCGUCUUGAUCGCCUUUUUAGUUGCCUGCACCAUCAGUAUCGCGGCGCGCGUAUAUACUAGGGCGUUUAUUGUGCGCAAGUUUGCAGUCGAGGAUUGGCUGGCAGUGGCGACAUAUUUGUUCUACAUUGCCUUCACCACUUGCGCCUUGGUUUCUAUUUCGUACGGCCUCUGUUCCCAUGUCGUCGAUGUGCCGCUCGAGCAAAGGCCAAUGGCCAUCAUGUGGCGCUGGAUCGCCAUUACGUUCUAUAUCCUGGUGUCGGGAAUGACAAAAUUGGUUGUCGGCAUUUUCCUGACCCGCGUGUGUACAAGGCAGCGGUGGCAUAAUAUUACAUUGUGGAUCAUCAUGGGUGUUAUUGGUGUCUACAGCCUCUUCUAUGCUAUCCUCAAUAUCAACUCGUGCCAUCCGAUUGAGCACGAAUGGCUGCGCUACGGCGUCGAACCGACAGACAAGACACACUGCAAUAACAAGCUGCUGGGGACCAUACCGACGUAUAUCGCGGCAUUCCUCAACGUCCUCGUGGACUGGAUCUUGGCCAUUGUGCCAGCGACGGUCCUGUGGAAUCUGAAGAUGGAGAGAAAACUCAAGAUCACGACCUAUGUCGUCUUGGCUAUCGGAUCAAUAGCAUCCAUCGCCUCCAUUGUACGAAUUCCAUACGCUCCAGCCUUCCUCAUCAGCCCAGACUACCUGUACGAGUUCACCGAUCUCGGCAUCUGGAGCACCGUGGAGAUUGGCGCCGGACUCUCGGCCUCGUGCCUCGCCACCUUGAAACCGCUGUUCCGCAAGAUCCGGACCGGACAGGCCUCUUCGCAUCCCAUGGACGCCUCGGCCAAGAGCGGCAGUCUCGAGUAUCACAAGGAGAGGAACAAUAGCAUACCGAGGGCAUACCGGCCAGACCUGCCAGGUCACUACACCAUGGUGAGCAUCACGUCCGAGGGCAAGUUCUCGAGACUGGACGAUCUCGAUGCCAUUGUGGUGAGAAAGGAGAUCUCGGCCACGGAUCUUGUCUAG